CGUCGCGGCGGCACCGGGCGGCGGGGCCGGCGGGGCCAGGGAGCCGGGCUGAGGCUCGGCCGGGCCGCCUGAGGGGCGCGGGCGGCCGGACGCGCGGCGGGCGGCGCCAUGAACGCCGCGGUGGUGCGGCGGACGCAGGAGGCGCUGGGGAAGGUGAUCCGGAGGCCGCCGCUGACGGAGAAGCUGCUCAACAAGCCCCCGUUCCGCUACCUGCACGACAUCAUCACGGAGGUGAUCAGGGUGACUGGUUUCCUGAAGGGCCUCUACACAGACGCCGAGAUGAAGUCUGAGAACGUUAAGGAUAAAGAUGCGAAAAUUAGCUUCCUACAGAAGGCCAUAGACGUGGUGGUGAUGGUUUCGGGAGAGCCGCUGCUGGUGAAGCCAGCCCGGAUCGUGGCCGGGCACGAGCCCGAGAGAACCAACGAGCUGCUUCAGAUGAUCGGGAAGUGCUGUCUCAGCAAGCUCUCCAGUGAGGACGCAGUGAAGAGAGUUCUGUCUGGGGAGAAGGGGGAUGUGAAGGGAAGGGUCUCCCUGACCUCACGGCCUCAGGAGUCGGACAAUAAGCAUGUGAGAGAAGAGGAGCCCAGAGGCCACAAGGAGAAAGAGGACAGAAGAAACUCUGAAAUAAAAGAGAGAAGCCCAAGCAGAGAUCGAAAACAGAAAGAAGAAUUAAAAGAAGACAGCAAACCGAGGGAAAAGGACAAGGAGCAAGAGAAGCCCAGAGAGCCCGAGAGAGACGGGCGCAGAGAGCCCGAGAGAGACGGGCGCAGAGAGCCCGAGAGAGACCGGCGCAGAGACGGGGAGCGAGAGAAGGCCAGGGCCAGGGCCAGGCAGGAGCGGGACAGAGACGCCGAGCGGGACAGGGAGCGGAGGAGCGAGGCAGCGAGGGAAAAGGAGAGACUCAGGGGCAGGGACCGGGACAAGGGGAAGGACAGGGACCAGCGGAGGGUGAGGAACGGGGAGCACUCCAGGGACCCCAACCGGGAGAAGAGCCGAGAGCAGGAUAAGCUGGAGAAGAAGUCAACAAGCUCCGGGGAAAUAUCUAAAAAGUUGUCAGACGGAUCUUCUAAAGACCCCAAAGCCGAAACAGAGACUGAGGUUUCCACUCGAGCACCCAAGUCGUUGACAUCAAAGCUGUCGAAACGGCAAUCCAGAAAUUCAGUGGAAGGAAGGAAGGAGGGUACAGUUUCAGCUAAGAUGUUAGACCCCGGAGUGUCUGGGUUACGUAGUGAGCCCCGCCAGGAGACCGCAGCUUCAGAGGCAGAUGAUAAUUCAACUAGUCUGUGGCAGGAGAGUGCUGAGCCAGAGACGGCCGGGAAGCAGCGAGGUGACUCCAGCAGCGAUGCAGGUGAGGCCUCCUGUGUACGUGAAGAAGCCGGCCCUGCUGGCCAAGACAAAUCCGAGGCGUCCGAGAGUGCGGAAGUCCCUAACGGGCUUUCGUCCACCGUCAGAAGAAUUCCUCGGCCUGGGAGUGCAAGACCGGCGCCUCCCCGGGUCAGACGGCAAGACAGCGCGGAGGUGUUAGCGACUGACAGGGCAGGGAGUGGCAAGACCGUCUCGAAUGUGAUCGUGGACUCGCAGAACUCCGACAACGGAGAGGACGAGCAGUUUGUGGUGGAAGCGGCCCCUCAGCUCUUGGAGAUGUCGGAAAUGGAGAUGGUACCAGCAACAGAACUUGAGGAAGACGAGAAGCAUGGUGGACUUGUGAAAAAAAUCUUGGAGACGAAGAAAGAUUAUGAGAAGCUACAGCAGCCCCCCAGAGCCGGAGAGAAGGAGAAGUCGCUCGUCUUCGAGUCGGCGUGGAGGAAGGAGAAGGACAUUGUUUGCAAGGAGAUGGAGAAGCUCCGCGUGUCCAUCCAGACCCUGUGCAGGAGCGCCCUCCCCCUGGGCAAGAUCAUGGACUACCUGCAGGAGGACGUGGACGCCAUGCAGAGUGAGCUGCAGCUGUGGCGCGGGGAGAGCCGGCAGCACGCGCAGGCCCUGCAGGAGGAGCAGAGCAUCACCGACGCGGCCGUGGAGCCCCUGAAGGCCGAGCUGGCGGAGCUGGAGCAGCUGAUUAGGGAGCAGCAGGACAAGAUCUGUGCCGUGAAGGCCAGCGUCCUCAGGAACGAGGAGAAGAUCCGGAAGAUGAUCCGCAGCAUCACCCUGAGCUCACAGAAGGCCAGCGCCUAGACGGCUCCGAGCAGCAGGCGGGCGUCCCGGCGCGUGCCAGCCCCACGCCGCCCGGCGCCAGAGCCGUCGGUGCCGGAUCGCCGAGCGGCCAGGUUUGCAGGCCCGCAAACCUGAGUUCCUGCUGGAGCCUGCUGCCGCGGUGAGUGACGGCUGUGAUGGGCGCAGCCAGGAAACCCGAGCAGACGGUGCAAACAGAAGGUGGCCGACUCCGAAUAAAUUCCAUUUUCAGUUCGUCCGGCGUCUUUGGAAGGCUUCAUUUCAGCCGGUGCCCUUCAGGCUGCGGUCGGUGGCCGCGCGCGCGUGCGUUCACCUCGCCGCUUCGUGUCGGCCUCGCAUGUGGUGUUCUGAGCAGCCCCCGUUGCCCUCCAAGUCUGUAGAUUUUAAAGGAGAUGUCGCCGUGGCCUUUGUGGACACGGGCCGUGAGGGUGUCGGAGGCGUCCUGCUCACUGUCGUCAGCGCUCUGGCCAGGGUUCCCCGGAGGCUGCUCCUGUGGCCCCUAGGGUCCCUGGCCUCCGCACACGCGGGUCUUUCCCGAGAUGCACUGGCAGGUUCCUUCCGGGCAGCCUAGGCAGCACCGCUCAGGAAAGCGUGGGUGCUGUUUGCACGGUGUGUUGGUGUUAGCGUUUCUUUGGAAUUGUUUUUUAAAGGCAAGUUUAUUGUUUUUCUUUUCUAAACACGGUUGUGUUCUAGUUUUUCAUUUACAUGAACCGCUGUGAAUAACCCCGACGGCGUUACUGUCUGGAGCUGUCUGCUGCCGGCACUUCGCGUCGAGAGACUGUUCAUCACGCACGCGGCGACGCCAGUGUCGCGGAGGCGGUUUUGUGUGCUUAAGGAUUAGCGUGAGUGGCACAGCUCGGUCGGCCUCAGGGCAGGCCGCACGGCAAACGCUUUGCGAGGGUGGCGCGCUACUCCCCGAGCCGGCGACGGCGGGAGCUCCCUGGAGCGCACCGGCGAAUUCGGGGGAGGAUUCGCCGCCUGCCCGCCCCGUCUGUCGUCGCCUCUGUUCUGAGCCCCACGCGGGCCCCAUGCUCCGGGAAGAUGCUGCCCGCGUGAACCUGUACAUGCGAUAGGAUUUGUGUGCGCAGAACACACACACGUUGUGAGUAAAUUUUGUAUGUAGUCUAUCAAAUUGUAUCAUAAGAUUUAUUUUCCUUUUAUACAGAAAUCAUUAAACAAUCAUAUUUUUCUACAA